AUGUGUGAAUCAAAAUUGAUAGCUGACAGAGUAGUGAUAAAAAGACAUGGUGAAGGUGCUAAGCAUGUAAAAAGAACUUCAGCAGCGCCAGCUCAAUCUUCGAUUACUACUACAUUUGAAAAGAACAACAAGCUUGAUUGGAUUGGAUUGGAUGACCAAUGGAGAAAAUUGCCAAAGUUAAAAGGAAAUUUCGAUGCUGCAAUACGGCCUGAUGAGUUCUGGCACAAGGUGAAACAGUUUCACGAGUUCCGCUUGAUUGGAAAAUACAUGCUCAAAAUCUUGGCUCUUCCUAACGCCAAUGCGGAAUGCGAGAGAAUUUUCAGUCAAAUUAACGACACCAAAACCAAGAAACGAAAUAGAUUAAUAACCAGGACAAUAAGAGGCAACAUGUGA